UUUAAUAAUGUCGGCGGCUCAGGUAGAUCCUCACGACAAGAUGAGAUCCAGAGACAUAAGCAAAGUGACACGUGGCGAGCAAGCCCCAAGGCCAGCUCACGAAUACGGCACCGUUUCGAAGCCUCCCCCACCGUCUUCCUCCUCCGUUCCCUCCGCUCAGACAAACCUCGACGGUAACGACGACGAUCGCCGCCGUGGAGGCGAAGACACAGACAAUAAGGACGAGGGACUAGAGACAGCACCAAAUGACCUUCGUUUUCCUUUCACUAAUCAAACUCGUCAUUGCUAUGCACGCUAUUUGGAAUACCAUAGGUGUGUGCAGAAGGAGGGGGAACAUGCGCCUGAAUGCAAAAAGUUUGCCAAGUAUUAUCGAUCUCUAUGUCCGGGUGAAUGGAUUGAGAAAUGGAACGAGCAAAGGGAGCUUGGCGUCUUUCCUGGUCCGAUAUAA